AUGGAUUGGAUUCGAAGUCUCAACGAACAUCUGCGAUGCACGCGUAAGGAGUUAGAGCACCAGCGACGAGAGACGUCAGCAGCUGUAGCACGAGCCGACGGUCUUGAAGAAGAGCUGGAAAUGACCAAACAACACGCGGCUCAGCAACUCACCGAAAUGGCCCAACAUCUCGCUAAUCUCACUGAUGAUCUCCAUGCUUUACGAGGCGGUAGCAAUACCGCUUCUCCAACCAUUACCUCCACCAGUAGUGCCUCCAAAAUUUCUUCCAUUUCAAUUUCUGGUCUCCGUCCAAUCGAGACCACUCCUCUUCUUCGCAAAAGCCUUCUCGAUCGCCCUUCUCAUUGGAUUGAGACACCUACUGAUCAAGGCAUCUCUCUCCCUCCCUCCCUCCCUUUCUCUCUCCCUUUUUACGCCCCCUCCCUCCUUCUGCAAUGUAUUUAA